AUGACGUCACCAGCCAGCCUCCUAAUUGUGAUGUGGAGCUCCUAUUGUGAUGUCAGGGGCCGCAUCCCGGCGCUGUCACGGCAAAGUUGCUGUGCCGAGGCUCGGGAGGCCUCAGUGUGCAGAGCAGCUCUUUGGCACGCUCGCUGCAGGCGGGAGCUGCUGCUUGACGAGGUGUCUGCCAGCAGGCUGCACCCUGACAGCACUCUGAGUAUUUUCUUUGUGCCCACAGGUAUUGUCCGGUGCAGACUUGAGCAGCACUGCUGCGACCAUGGACAGAGUGUGCGCUGCUGCAGUUUGCACGGCUUUUUCUGUGGCUUAUUCCGGGUACUUCUUCACCCACCUGGCACGUCACAUCGCCCGUGCCUGGAGAGAAUCCGCUCCUUGGGUGAGUGGGAAAGGAGCCUUUGGCCUUGGGAGCGUUGGACAGUUGUGGAGCACGGCAGCCCAAAACCAACCUCUGAGCUUCCUCUGGCUGCCUGUGUUGCUGAAGAAGAGGCCAAAGGGGAGGAAGAUGCCCACCAAGCUGCAGAUGCUGCCACUGCAGGGCCUGAGCACCCAGCAUCAAGCACAGGGGCAGCGCCAGCACCUGCUCUGGCUGCCUCAGCAGCCGAGGAAGAGGCUGAAGAGGACGAAGGUGCCAGUGAAGCUGCCACUGCUGUCAGCCCACGGCCUGAGCUGCCAGCAUCAAGCUCCAGCGCCUCUGUCGUGGCACCUGCACGAGCUGCAGCUGCAGGCUCUGAAGAAGCCGCCAGUCCCCAAGCUGGGAGCUCCAGCACGAGCAGCUCGUGCACCUGGAGCACAAGCAGUUCCUCUGGCGGCACAGAGCAGCUGCGAGAGAGGACAGAGGACGAGUGGCUGGCCAUGCUGAGGAUGCUGGUGAGCAAAGAAGAUCCAGAGGCGAAAUAUACAGAUCUGGAAAUCAUUGGCAAAGGGGGUUUCGGCACUGUGUGCACGGCGGUGGAGACUGCCACAGGAGAAGAGGUGGCCAUUAAGAAAAUUAGUCUCCUGCAAGAGAGCAGCAAGGAGCUAUGCGUGAAGGAAAUCCAGGUCAUGCGGGACAAUAAGGACGGCAACCUGGUGAACUAUAUAGACAGCUACCUGGUGCACGAGGAACUCUGGCUCGUGAUGGAAUACAUGGACGGAGGUUCCUUACACGAUGUCAUCAGGGAGACCAGGAUGGCAGAAGGAGAGAUUGCAGUCGUCUCUCGGGAGUGCCUGCAAGGCCUGGAUUUCCUUCACUCCAAGCAAGUGAUCCACCGAGACAUCAAAAGCCACAACAUUCUCCUGAGCUUGGAUGGAUCUGUCAAGCUGGCUGAUUUUGGACUCGCUGCUCAGCUCACGGCUGAGCAGAGCAAAUGGAGAUCAGCUGUCGGCACUACUUACUGGAUGGCGCCAGAGAUUUUCACCAGGAAGCCCUAUGGCCCCAAAGUGGACAUCUGGUCCUUUGGCAUCGUGGGCAUCGAGAUGGUGGAAGGAGCGCCUCCUUACCUGAUGAAAACCUCCCGCACGGUUGGACAGCUGAUCAGCACCGGGGGCACCCCGAAGCUGCAGAACCCCAGGCAGCAGUCCCCUUGGCUGCGAGACUUUCUGCGCUGCUGCCUGCAGACAGACGAGGACAGGCGCUGGUGUGCCCAGGAACUUCUGCAGCAUCCGUUUGUAACCUCAGCCAAGCCGACCUCCAGCCUGACGCCUCUGAUCAUGGCAGCACAGCAGUUUAUGGCUGACAGCAGAUACUAGCCCUGGAAGAGGCCAUUGUUGUUUGCUGUAGUUUGUAGCUCGUAGUUUCUAGUUUGUAGUUUCUAGUUUCUGGCAGGUAGUUUGUUUAGAUUGAUAGUCAAAAUAAAUACUUUAAAACCUUCA